AUGAAAUCUGAUGAAAAAACUAGGAUUGCAUCCUUGAUGGAUGAAGAGGCUCAAAAACGAAAAAAGGCACUGGAUCAACAACGAGACGAAUUUGAUGUACGACUGGCCUCAACGAAUGAAAUAAUUGCAAGGUUGAACAAAGAGUUGGAAGCUCUGAGACAAACCGAAGCCACGCUCAACGGAAAAGUGUCUAAUCUCUCACGUGACAUACAAGAAAAAGAAGACACAUCACAGCGAUUAUCUAAGGCAAAACAACAUCUAGAAUCACAAUUAGAGAGUCUAAAUUCAACAAUAUUAUCCUUAAAGUUGGAUCUCAACAAGAAGGAUGAGGAUAUCAAAUCUUGGGAGCAAGAGGUGGAAGAACUUAAAAAACUGUUAAAAGACGCCAAGGACUCACACGGUAUGUCGCAAUCUGCUCUAAUCACCCAAGUAGAGGAGCUAGAGAAACAACUCAAGAUCAAACAAACUGAAUCCAAAUCACUAGAACAACAACUCAACUCGCUAAGACAAUCCUUAACACAAAACGCCCUAUCCAUCGACGAGAAAGAUAAACUGAUAACUAGUCUUCAUUCACAAUUAAAUGACAAAGAAAAGAUAAUUUCAGACUUGAAGAAGAAGGAGCAUGUACUGAUGCAUGACAUUGAAAAUAUGAAAAUUGAACAUAAGAAUGAAAAGAGUUUCAUGGAAAAGAAAUUUUCAGAGGAGAUCGACAAACUAAAAAGGUCAUAUGAGGAUAAGAUACAACAAAUUAACAAAGAACAAGAAGAGUCCAUGACUAGCAUGAAUAAGAGUUCAAGUCAACAGCUGCAAGAACUAAAACAAAAAUUGAUGGUGGAAUUUGACGCUGAGAGAAAGCAGCUUCAGUCAGUGAUCGAGCAGAAAAAGAAGGAAUUUGAGGAACUUUCAGCAAAAUCAAAGCAAGAGUUGAACCAAAUUCAAAAACAAAUCGAAGAACUUGCCGUCAGCUCUCAAAAUAAUUACAAGCAAUUGAAAAAGGACAUGACCGAUAUCAUUGACCAACGUGAUGUAGAAAUAGCGACUCUAAAAUCGCAAAUACAGCAAAUGUCUCGAGAUAGCAACACUUCUUUGGAAGAACUUCAUUCAAAGCUGCAAGAGGCUGGCAAACGAGAAGCUCAGCUAAACCAAAAAAUAGAACUCAUGACACAGAAAGUUCUUGACGAAAAACUGAGAGUAGAAUCUCUUCAAAAAGAAAUCAAGGAUCUCGAAAACAGGUUAGCUUUGACUAUUGAAAAAGGAAAGGAAGAAUUAAGGAUAGCAGCCAGUAACAAGGUGAAAGAACUGUCAGAACUUAAAUUUAACAUGGAGAAUCAAUUUGACAAGAGGCUAUCUGACGAAUUAAGAAAUUUACGAGCUGAAUUAACAGACCUAUUUAACGGUGAGAAGCAACGAUUAAUCAAAGAAUUACAAGAAAACGGGCAAAGUGAAAGGGAUUCUGUGGAGAAAACAUGGCAAGCAAAGGUAGAUCUAUUACAAAAAGAAAUUUCGUCGCUUCAAAAGAAAAUUUCUGACCUUGAGGCUGAAAUUUUAAGAAAAACUGAGGACAUCCAAUUAAUGCUUUCCAAUCACAACAAUUCUAUGGAAAAGAGCGAGUUGGAUAAAAUAGAGUCAUUGAAGUCUCUAGAAAGACAAAAAGAAAUGGAAAAGCAAGCAUUGAUAGAAUCCUAUGAAGCAACCAUAACUGAUCUUUACAGAGAGAUUAAAAACAAAGAGAACGAAAUUCAACAGAAAUUGGAUGCAAUACGACAAUGUAACAAUCAAAUUCAAGAAGGAAUUGGGAGAGAACAAGACUUGGGUCGACAGAUGGACAAGCUAAAAGAGGAACACAAACAAAACAUUCAACAUUUGGAAGGAAAGCAUCAGCAAGAGCUUGACAAAGCCAAACAAAGAGAGCUGCAAUCCAUUGAAAAUCUAACAAAAGAAAAUAAGUUGAAAAUGGAUGAGCUCAUCAAGUCACAUACUGAGAAGUUGUACGAGUUAGAAGAGACUUUGAAGAACAAAUUCCUUGCAGAGAGAGCUCAAUAUCUGGAUAAACUGGACAAAAAAGAGGCCGAGUUCGAUGAUUAUGUGAGGAAAUCCUUGAAAGACUUCAAUGACAUGCAAAAUCAAAUGACAGAAGAGUCUAAGAAGAGAGAAAGGCAAUUGAUUGAUGAGUACAAACGAAAAAUUAACGACAUUAUUGAAGAAAACAUUAAGGAGACUCAAAGUUUGCAACUCGAGUUCAGCAGAAGUCAAACUCUCAUGGAAGAAAGAAGUGCUAAUUUAGAACAAAAGAUCAGAGAGUGGGAAUUUAAAUAUCAAAACAGGGAGAGUAGACCCGAGGAUAUUGAAACCAUUAAGGUUCUACAACAGGGUUUAGCUGAAAAGGAAGCUCUUCUUCAAAAAACGAUUCGUGACAUGAAAUACUACAAGAUGGAGUUGGUAAACAAGGAAGAAAUUUACAACAAAACCUUUGGUCGUCAACCCAACAUUGGUGUGAUUAACCCAUUGGGUGCAAAGCAAACACCUUCCAAUAUGCAACCAACGACCACACAAAAGAAACCAACACAAACAACUUCCAAGUUGCCUCCUCUGGAUAAGGGCAACAUUGAGAAUAGUGCUCCUCCUGCCACAGGACUCUUGUUCAGAAGCAACUCAACUUAUAAGAAAUAA